AUGCUGAGAAAGAGUAAGCCUGUGGCUGAGGAGGCAGUACAGGAGGCACGCCAGAGAGCUACAUGCUCAGCAGUGGAACGGCAGCUGAUGCUCAUGAUUGAGGCAAUGCGUGAUGACGUAGCACAAAACCGAAAAAUUCUACACCAGCUGCUGAAGGGUGCACGAGAGGGACCGGAGUACGCAUUACCAGCAGCAGUAAAGAGUCUGCUACCAAUAGCCUCCAUGGAAGAUGUGGAGAACAUCGAACUAUCGCUACAGGAUACUGCUGUAGAAACCGCAAUGAUUGCAUAUCUCCAUGAAACGGGAGGAGGAUCAACUAAGGAAAUUGUGCGGCGUAUCAUGAGGAUCCCCAUGACGACUGAGCUUGCCACCCAAUUUACCUGUUAG